AUGGACAAAACUCACCUUAAUGACUAUUCAAAUCAUUACAUCCAUUCUGGUGUCCUUCCAGUCAAAUAUGUAAGAAACGCAAUUCAACCUGUGGAAGGAUAUCCCAAGCUACAAAAGCUUAUUAAACUUAAAGAGCAACAGGUGAUGAAAUAUGCUACUAGAGCUUAUGGCUCAAGAGUCAAGCCUGAAAAAAUGGUUGAUACGUUGAACAAGUGGAUAUACGAGGACAAUUUACAGUUCGAUGUUAUCAUGAUUGGUGCAUUAUCUGAAAACCAGUUAUUAUACCCCUUAAUAUCGCAACUUCCAAUUGAUAAACUGUGUGCUAAACCGGGAUUUUUGUUCAUCUGGGCAUCCACUCAAAAAAUAUCCGAGCUUUCUAAACUUCUUUCAAACACUGGCACAUGGACAAAGAAAUUUAGGAGAUCAGAAGAGCUUGUGUUCGUCCCUGUGGACAAAAACUCGCCAUUCUAUCCCACCGAUUCACUAAUCCCUGAAGAGCAAUUGCUAGAACAAAUGCAAUGGCAUUGUUGGAUGUGUAUUACUGGAACUGUACGGAGAUCAUCAGAUAAGAACCUUAUUCACUGCAACAUUAACACUGAUCUUUCCAUUGAAAAUGCUUCUACGAAGAACUCGGCCGUUCCAGCUCAGAUAUACCAAGUUGCCGAGAAUUUUUCAACUUCCACCAAACGGCUGCAUAUAAUCCCAUCAAAGACAGGGCUUGAUCAUCCUGUCAAACUGAGGCCAGGCUGGGUUAUCCUGAGCCCCGAUGUUAUGCUCGAUAAUUUUGAUGCAUUGAAAUACAAAAAGGAGAUUGCAAGUCUGGGUUCAAAUAUUCCUCUUGACGACGAAAUUGAACAGUUAAGACCCAAGACUCCAGUUUAA